AAGCUGACAGGGUCUGGAACGUUCACUGUGAUGAGAACGUGUGUGUGGGUAGAUGCAGGUUCGCUAACCAGAAAUUCUUCCUACAGAACACACAACACCUAGCUGUGCUCAGCCCCUUGAACACAACUGACGGCCCCCUGUUGCCGGACCUGAAGGCCCAGCACGGUUCGGGGAUGCCCCAGCACCCUGCGGGGGACAGGCCCUUUGCCUCCAUGCCCCAGCUCACCUUCCCCAGCUCCCCGUCAGUCACCGACGCUGGCUUUGACCGCACGCCCCCCAGCCAGAGAGCAUCCCUGGGCACGCCUAUGGGCAGUAGUGCCCUGGACCCCUGCAGCAGGCCCUUGUGCGAGCCAAGGGCUGGGAAGCAAGGCCAGGGUUCAAACUCUGAGGUACGCUAUGUGUCCACGGGGCCGCCAGGCACGGCCUGUGGCUGGUGGGACUUCACGCCCGAGUGCCUGCAGGCCUUCAACACGCCGCGGGGCGUGCUGCUCUUCCUGUGCCUGGCGUCCUUCCUGCAAGGCAUGACAGUGAACGGCUUCAUCAACACCGUCAUCACCUCCAUUGAGCGGCGCUUUGAUCUGCACAGCUACCAGAGCGGCCUGGUGGCCAGCGCCUAUGACAUUGCCGCCUGCAUCUGCCUCAUUUUUGCCAGUUACUUCGGCGGCUCCGGCCACAAGCCCCACUGGCUGGGCUGGGGCGUGAUGCUUAUGGGCCUGGGCUCCUUCCUCUUCGCGCUGCCCCACUUCACCGCUGGCCACUACAAGGCGGUGGCGGCCGAGGAGGUGGCCACCUGCCAGGGCAACCGUAGCACGGCCUGCACGGACAGCACCUCGGGCCUGUCCCACUACCAUCUGGUCUUCAUGCUGGGCCAGUUCCUGCACGGUGCUGGCGCCACGCCGCUGUACACACUGGGCGUCACCUACCUGGAUGAGAACAUCAAGUCCAGCUACUCGCCUGUCUACAUUGCCAUCUUCUACACCGCGGCCAUCCUUGGCCCCGCGGCCGGCUACCUGCUGGGGGGCACCCUGCUGAACAUCUACACAGAGGUGGGCGGGCGGACGGAGCUGACCACGGAGAGCCCGCUGUGGGUCGGUGCCUGGUGGGUCGGCUUCCUGGGUGCCGGGGCCGCUGCCUUCCUCACUGCCAUCCCCAUCCUCGGCUACCCGCGGCAGCUGCCAGGUACCCAGCGCUACGUGGUCGUGAGAGCGUCGGAGACCCGCCAGCUCAAGGACGGCGGCCCCGGGACCACAGCCAACCCUGACUUCGGGAAAACCUUGCGGGACUUGCCUCUCUCCAUCUGGAUCCUCCUGAAGAAUCCCACGUUCAUCCUGCUCUGCCUGGCCGGGGCCACGGAGGCCACACUUAUCACCGGCAUGUCGACGUUUGGCCCCAAGUUCUUCGAGUCCCAGUUCAGCCUCAGCGCCUCAGAAGCGGCCACUUUGUUUGGGUACCUGGUGGUGCCGGCAGGAGGAGGCGGAACCUUCCUGGGCGGCUUCCUGGUGAACAAGUUCAAGCUGCAUGGCUCAGCCAUAGUCAAGUUCUGCCUGCUCUGCACCCUGACCAGCUUCCUGGCCUUCUUCAUCUUCUUCCUGCACUGCCCUAAUGUGCCCAUGGCCGGCGUGACAGCCACCUACAGUGGGAAUCCCCUGCCCGAGGGCCGCCUGCAGCUGACGGCUGCCUGCAAUGCCUUCUGUGACUGCUGGCCGGAGCACUAUGACCGUGUGUGCGGCUCCAACGGCGUCAUGUACUACUCACCCUGCCACGCGGGGUGCCUGGCGGCAGCCACCACGGACCCCAGUGGCCGGAAGGUGUACCAAGACUGUAGCUGUAUCUCUCAGAAUUUUUCCUCUGGCUUUGGCCAUGCUACCACAGGAAAAUGCGCCUCGGCCUGUCAGACAAAGCCCCUCCUUCUGGUUUUCAUAUUCGUUGUAAUUAUCUUUACAUUCCUCAGCAGCGUUCCCGCGCUAACGGCAACCUUACGAUGUGUGUGCGACCGGCAGAGGUCCUUCGCACUGGGCAUCCAGUGGAUCGUCGUUAGAACUCUAGGGGCCAUCCCGGGACCCAUCACCUUUGGCUGGGUGAUUGACAAGGCAUGCCUGCUCUGGCAGGACCAGUGUGGCGUCCAGGGCUCCUGCUUCGUGUACCAGAACGCCGCCAUGAGCCGAUACAUACUCAUCACUGGGCUCCUGUACAAGGUGCUCGGCUCCCUCUUCUUCACAGCGGCCUGCUUCCUGUACAAGACCCGGUCGGCGUCUUCCGACGGCCUAGAAGCUUCUCUGCCCAGUCAGUCCUCAGCCUCCGACAACCCCACGGACCCUCAAGAUGACUCCUCUGCCCUCCAGCGCCAGAGUGAUGUCCUACCCCCACCUCCGGGACCGGCCAGCGCGGAGCCCGCUGUGCAGCAGGAGCGGGACGGACCCCGAACCUGUGCCGCCUGGUGA